GGCAUUGCCCGAUUCCACGACAGCCGCCAUGAACUUGACCGUGGGGCAGCGCUGCGAGAUCUCGGGGAAGCGUCGCGGCGAGGUUGCGUACAUUGGCCCCGUGGAGGGUAUCCCGGCCGGCGACUGGGUUGGCGUGCGCUUGGACCUCGCCUUUGGCAAGAACGACGGGACGCAGAACGGUACCUCGUACUUUGCGGCGGCGCCGCUGCAUGGCGUGUUUGUCCGGCCCGAGAGCGUCAAUGUCUCGGAGGCCUUUCCGCCGCUCCUCGUCGUGUCCGACAACCUCUCGCUGGAAGAGAAGGUCCGCGUCGUCGAGAACGCCCGCGCCGAGCAGCGCGAGACGACGCAGCGCAAGGCCGCGCUCUCGGAAAAAGACACGCGCGCGACGGCCGUCGACGGCUUCUGGAAGCAGUUCACCGAGAUGGAAACCGCGACGCGGGCUCGGCUCGACGCGCUGCAAAGCCAAGAGCCGUCGCCCAAUCUCCGCGCCGAACUCGACAGCCUCGUGGCCGGCGUCCAGGCGAUGCGCGACUCCGCCGCCGACGCGUCGCUCUACUUGCCGCCGUACGACAUUCGCCAGUCGCAAGCGAUCCUCUCGCGUCUCCUCGCCGAGAUCGAGGCCCAGCGCAGCGCACUCGCCCCGCGUAAGAAGUUUACGUUUAAAGCCCGGGCGAAAAAAGCAUCGGCGACGACCGAGGCCAUCACGGCGCCCAGUUCCGACGCGCCAACGCCGGCGAUCGCACCGGCCACACUCGACCACGAGCUCAUCUACGCCGACCGGUGUGACGAGGUGCUCGUCAUCGACGCGCCGGAAUCGCCCGACUUGACGCUGGCGCGCUUGACCAACUGCAUCGUGUGCAUUGUCACGCCGACAUCGGCGCUGCGCGCGACCGCCCUCCGCAACUGCCACGUGCUCACGGGGCCGAUCGCUGGGUCGCUCUGGCUCGAAGACUGCACCGAGAGCUCGUUCACGGUAGCUUGCCGUCAGCUGCGCGUGCACCACUGCCACAACGCGCGCUUCUACCUCCGUAUUUCGAGCCACCCGAUCAUUGAAGACUGCAGCAAGUUGGGCUUUGCACCGUACACGCUGCAGUUUGACGGCCUUGGUGCCCAGCUCGAAGCAUCGGGCAUGGACCGCCCGUCGCCGUUGUACGCGCAAGUGCACGACUUCAAGUGGCACCGGGCGCAGCAGUCGCCGCACUGGUACCUGCUCGGUGCGGACGACCUCCACCCGAUGGCCGCGGAUCCGCGUCUGCGCUCCACGCCCGUCUCGCUGCCGUAAGCUACACGACAAUUGUAUAUCGAGUUAUAAGUAUAUUCGAGCCAUUUGAUUAUGCAGUCUUGG